UCUUCCCAAUUUGAGAUCUCCAUCAUCUUCGCAGUUAACAAAUAACCGCUUCAUUUCUUGGGACAGAACAUUAACGGAUGUGUGUGGGACAAUAUUGUGGCGGCAUGGACGACGACUAUCACCGACACCGGUAAUCACAGCGAUAUUAUGGAAGUCGCCGCUGUUAGCGACACACGCAGUCAUUUGGGGUACGCCGGCGCUGUUGCCACCGUCUGUACCACGGCUGUCCUGACGAUCUCCGUAGGCUUCUCAUUAUUCGUUAACCGGUGCUGGCAGUAUUCGGUAUGGAAUCAGCACACACACUGCUGUGAGCACAUUCGCGCCUUCUUUAUCCGUGACCAGCGCAGAGACCCGACCGAGAAGUCCAAUAUAAAAAUGUUUCUACUGACCAUCGGGUUCGCGGGGCUUACGGCGGUUUUAACGGUUCUCGUGUUUGUCGGCUUUUUCGUCUGGUUGGCGUUGUGGGCCUUGCCUGUUGUAGUUCUGUGCGGCGCCGCUGCCGUAUUGACCAUUCACAAUGUCGGACAGGAGGCCGUGUUUCCUUGUUGUGUUUUAUGGGUGUACAUCCUGAGUAUUCACUGUACCGGACGCAUUUGGGGUUGGUGGAUGAAGGAGACUUACUUCAGCUGCAUUAACAAAACAUUCAGGGGAAUGUGUGGUGCUGCACUGGUUCUGGAAUUAUCUGAGGUUCAAAGCGUUCCGCUUCCAGCGGCAAGCCUCGGAAAUCCCGCAAAUUAACACCAAAAGAACAGAUGGAAGAGCGGAAAUUUCUUAGUCAGCCCGCAUUAAACUUGAAAUUUGGUGCAUUUGAAUUUUGGGAUCGCUAUGAUUUUAAUUAUAACCGUUCCUGCGAUCAAAUUGAAACGGGUCUAGAAUACUCCCAGGCUAUUUUAUCGUACUGGGUGGAUGUGGGAUACACGCGCUGGAAUACCACCCAACCGGCCUUGCUGUCCCUGCUCGCGUCCACCUUUUCUCCUCACACGGAUAUGUUCCUCCGAGGCUGGAUUGAGUUACUGUCAAACAUCGCGUUGGCACCGUUGAUAUACUUGCUUAUCCGGGUUAUUCGUUGGGUUUACAAGCGCUAUUUGCGUGCUGGUCGGGUUGGGGACCGCACUCCGGUCCCAACGGAGGCCGACGAUCAAGCCGAACAACCCGACGAAACCUCUGGAGACGGUUGUAUUGCUACGGCCGAUGGGGAUUCUCAAGCGGGCGACAACAGCACCGCUAUCACCAUGGACAACACUGUGGACGACUCGUCGCACCAGCUUCGCUGCUUUUGCGCUCCAUCGGUCCUUGUGGUAGCGUUAAUGGUGAUUAUGGCCCGUCAAAGUUUAUGCUGGAUCAAUCUUCCAUAUCCGCUGGUGCAACUAUUCGUUCCGGAAUCGCUACAACUGUGGGCCCUGCUCCUGCUGCUGACCAUCUAUUCAACAUGGAUCAUUUGGAAAUUCGCUGUUGACGUGCGCCAGAUUCGCCAGGAACAACAGAUGCUGAUUCCACCGCCAGGCGCAGUUGACAAGGGUCCUUGUCAGAUGUUUGCGCGGGCCCUGGGCUGAUGUAAAUCUUGUGUAAAAUACCGGAAACGGUUUCACCUUUUUUGACCGACAAAAUGCUUACCGGAUAAGUUGAUCAUUGAACGACAUUUUCGUGAUCAAUAUUUUCUGAUCAUUUUGACUGGAGAAUAGUUUUC